UCAAGUCUAAGAAGCUCCCACACACUCAGGCGGCAGCCCCUCUUUUCUUGCCCUGGUCCCCAGUUCUCCAGCGUUCCCAGGUGAGUCCACCAGUAGCUGCUACCCAGGAUGGAGGCCAUCAAGAAAAAAAUGCAGAUGCUGAAGCUUGACAAGGAGAAUGCUCUAGAUAGGGCAGAGCAAGCAGAAGCCGAGCAGAAACAGGCUGAAGAAAGGAGCAAGCAGCUGGAGGAUGAACUAGCAGCCAUGCAGAAGAAGCUGAAAGGUACAGAAGAUGAACUGGACAAGUAUUCUGAAGCUUUGAAGGAUGCCCAGGAGAAGCUGGAGCUAGCAGAGAAGAAAGCAGCUGAUGCUGAAGCAGAAGUAGCCUCCUUGAACCGUAGGAUCCAGCUGGUUGAAGAGGAGCUGGACCGUGCACAGGAGCGCCUGGCCACUGCCCUGCAAAAGCUAGAGGAAGCUGAGAAAGCUGCUGAUGAGAGUGAGAGAGGUAUGAAGGUCAUUGAAAACCGGGCCCUAAAAGAUGAAGAAAAGAUGGAGCUCCAGGAAAUCCAGCUGAAAGAAGCUAAACACAUUGCCGAAGAGGCAGACAGGAAGUAUGAAGAGGUGGCUCGUAAGUUGGUGAUUAUUGAAGGAGAUUUGGAACGCACAGAGGAACGAGCUGAGCUGGCAGAGUCCCGUUGCCGGGAGAUGGAUGAGCAGAUCAGACUGAUGGACCAGAACCUGAAGUGUCUGAGUGCUGCUGAAGAAAAGUACUCGCAAAAAGAAGACAAAUAUGAGGAAGAAAUAAAGAUUCUUACUGAUAAACUCAAGGAGGCGGAGACCCGCGCUGAGUUUGCUGAGAGAUCAGUAGCCAAACUGGAAAAGACCAUUGAUGACUUGGAAGAUGAGCUCUAUGCCCAGAAACUGAAGUACAAGGCCAUUAGCGAGGAACUGGACCACGCCCUCAAUGACAUGACCUCUAUAUAACUAUCACCGCUUCUGCUCUGUUCUGGAUCUGCCCCUUUCCUCGGGGAACCCAACGCCCCACUUGCUCUGGAUUCCAUUUGGGUCAGCCUGGCUGGUCCCCAAGGCAUUAGGAUGAGGGGGUCACAAAGCAACUUAUGUAUUCUUUUCCACCCCCACCCACAUUAAAAUGUUAAGAUGCUG